UGGCGACAGACUGAGGGGGCAUGGCCAGGGGUAGCCACGGGGCCGUGCCGCUUGGCGGCCGCCACAGCUUUGCGAACGAGAGGCGGAAGCGAGAGGCGCACUAAGUAAAGCCCAGUGUCCGCGUCCGGCGCCUGUGGCGCUGCCGGGAACCAGGUGGCCCGCCCGAGCCGGGACUCCGGGAGCAGCGGGUGCGGAGCCGGCGCGGAGCCGGCCCGGGACCGGCCCCAGCGAACGACCGGAGCGCGAGCAAAGCCCGAAGGGCCGGGCAGCGGACCGACCAGCCGGCCGGCCUAGGAGGGCGCGAGCGAGGCAGGGAGCGGCGCGGAGCCGGCAGCGGGCGGACGGACAGGAGAGGAGCGGCGCGGGGCUAAGAGAGCGGAGCGGAGCACGGCGGCGGGGCCCGCACGGCGGCGCUGAGGGGCGCAGAGGUGCGCGGAGCCAAGACGGCCGGAACAGAGUGCCAGGCGGGCGGCCGCCGGCGCGGAGUGAAGUGGCGCGGAGCCGAGGGCAGCUGAGGGACCCGACACUAUGAGGAGUGCGGCGCCGCCACCGCAGCCGCCACCGCCCCAGUGCUCCGCACCGCCUCCCGCUGGGACGCCGGGCAGCGCUUAGCGGGCCGGGCGGCGGCGCCGGUACCGCGAGCGAGGGAGCGCGGGAGGGGCGCGGGGACCGCACGAGAGUGCCCCCCGACUCCGGCCUGAGCGGGGCCCCGGGCCGGCCUGCCUGCCCCACCAUGCAGCCCCCGAGGUAGAACCUGGACGGCGCUGAGGAGCGCGGAGCGGCGCGCAGCCCGCCCGCCUGAGACGGCCGUCUGGCCUCGCGCCUGCCUACUCCCUCCAGCCCGGACCCCCUGAAAUAUGUUCAGGGGCGCUUGGAUGUGGCCCGGGAAAGACGCCGCCGCGCUGACUAUCUGCUGCUGCUGCUGCUGCUGGGCUCCCAGGCCGAGCGACAAACCUUGCGCCGACUCCGAGCGGGCGCAGCGAUGGCGACUGUCCCUGGCGUCCCUGCUCUUCUUCACCGUGCUGCUCGCUGACCAUCUGUGGCUGUGCGCAGGGGCUCGGCCCCGGGCCAGGGAGCUGAGCAGCGCCAUGCGGCCGCCCUGGGGGACCGGCCGCGAGCGGCAACCGGUGCCUCCUCGCGCGGUGCUGCCGCUGCCGCCACCGUUGCCCGGCGAGCCCAGCACGCCCCCGGGCACCUGCGGCCCCCGAUACAGCAACCUGACCAAAGCAGCCCCCGCCGCCGGCCCUGGACCGGUCUGCGGCGGCGUCCCAGAGCCCACGGGGCUGGACGCAGCUUGCACCAAAUUGCAAUCUUUGCAGAGACUUUUCGAACCGACUACCCCGGCCCCUCCUCUGCAGCCCCCUGACUCCCAUUCCCGUGCCCCGGUCGAGUUCCCCUCCGCCAAAAAAAACUUGCUCAAAGGCCACUUUCGGAACUUCACUCUCUCCUUUUGCGACACCUACACGGUCUGGGACUUGCUGCUGGGCAUGGACCGCCCCGACAGCCUGGACUGUAGCCUGGACACCCUGCUGGGGGACCUGCUGGCCGUAGUGGCCAGCCCGGGCUCCGGGGCCUGGGAGGCGUGUAGCAACUGUGUCGAGGUGUACCAGCGGCUGGACCGACAUGCUCAGGAAAAAUAUGACGAGUUCGACCUCGUGCUGCAUAAAUACUUACAGGCAGAAGAGUACUCAAUCCGGUCCUGCAUGAAAGGCUGUAAGGCUGUCUACAAGGCCUGGCUGUGCUCAGAAUACUUCAGCGUGACCCAGCAGGAAUGCCAGCGCUGGGUGCCCUGCAAGCAAUACUGCCUGGAGGUGCAGACCCGGUGCCCCUUUAUACUCCCCGACAAUGAGGAAAUGGUGUACGGAGGGCUCCCUGGCUUUAUCUGUACAGGGUUGCUGGAUACUUCACCAAAGCGGCCGGAAACCAAGUGCUGUGACGUGCAGUGGGUCUCCUGUGAGUCGGAGAAGAAGAAGUUCAAGGAGUCUGAGGCCCCCAAAACCCACCACCAGCAAUUCCACCACUCCUAUUUCCACCACUACCACCAACAAUACCACCACUACCACCCCCGCCAUGACCCCCCAGGCCGCGUCGGCCACAAGCCCUCCCUGCUGCCGGUCUCUGGGGGCUCCUGCCUCAGCCCCAGCAGGAUCCGGCUCUGUGUCCUUGUUCUUAUGCUCCUCCAUACCAUGGUGUCCUUCUCCAGCAACCAGGGCAGUGGGGGACUGGGGCUUGAGACACUGCCUGCCCUAGAGGAGGGCCUGACACAGGAAGAGUGACAGCAGGAAGGGAGGACAGACCUCUACCAUACACUGACAUCAGCUCCAGCCCCCACAGGUGGAGGGGAGGGGACUCCUCCCACGGGAGGUGUAGGACCAGGUGGGGGCGGGGGGAAAUGGGGGACCACAUAUGCCCCCCAACCUACCCCCACCCCAAAAGCAGCUCCAACAGAACGGCCAGAGGGCCCCAGGGAGCUACAGAACUCAUCCAGGAGAAAAAGGCAGGAGCAGCAGGUACCCCCUCCCAAGCCCCCAUCUAUGGGGCUUAGCAAAAAAAGGGAGGGGAGUGUGGGCUGGAAAUGCCCACCCCUGCUGACAGCCCUGAUGACCCCAGGGAAGGAGGCUGCUCACCCAGCCUUGGCCCUGCAGGGAAUGUUGGGGGGCACAGAGGGGAGAAGCUCUUUCCCCCCCUCCACAUUACUUUUGUUGCCAAGAUCCUUAAUUCCCUCCUGCCCAUAUCCUUACAGGCGACGGCAGACGUGUAAUGGCCCUCCUGCCACUUCAGUGCACCUUGCCCCACUUGGGCCAUCACAGGUGAAGCACCAGGCUGGAAGAUGAGGUGCACACAGUUGCAGCUAGGUUGGGGCCCCAGUUAAGCUGUGCCCCUCCACCCUAGGCAAUGAGGGGUAGGAAUGGGCUACAGAAUGAGUGGUGAAAGACAGUGAUGAUAGGGAAGGGGGAGAGGAGAGGAGAGAUGUGGGUGGAGGGCUUGGAGAGAUGGACAAAUGGGCUUCUGCCACCUGGCUUUGGGUAGGUGGGUGGCCAGUGCUGAGGCAUGCUCCAGAACUGCUCCACAUAUCAGAGAGAGUUGUAUAAGGAGCCCUCUGGGGGAAAAGCACAGGAACUGAGUUGUUGGGCCUCAAAACAGAAGGCUUUUAGAGGGCACGUGGUUAGACUGCCGCUGUCUGAAGGGCCAUAUCUUACAGAAGGUGCACAUUCUCCCAAGGGCCGCUCUUGCCCUGGAGAUCUUGGCCUUGAGGCCAAAGACAUUUUCAUCUCCAGUCUCCAUGGGGAGGAGGGACUUAAGCCCAAGUGGGUCAGGCUUGGCCUGGGUCCUCAUACUCCCCCAUCUUAUCCUAGCCCAGGCCUCCAUGAAGGAGAAGCUGGUGGCAUUGCCUCAGAGCUCUCCAGAGAAGAGCCUCCCCCAUCCCUACCCUGUCCCCAGCCUACCAAAGAGUAUUCAUUCCUUCCCAUCCCUGACCCCAUGGGUUGUUACCAUCUCAAUUAUGGAACAACCAGAUUCCUCCUCACCAUGUAGCAGGCUCCCUGCUCCAGCCACCCCUGCCCCUUGCUGGAGAAAGUCCAGAGGCUGGCAAGAGGACCCUUUGACUAAAGAUAAUGUGCUGUCCUUCCUUAGCUGAGGGACUUGAACUGUUUAGUUAGGCUACAGGACUGGAGGAGAGAAGAGGCAUCAAGAGCCCCUUGGAGGCAUUAGCCUUGUGCCGGUCUGCUGGGAGGGAGAGGCCACAUUGCCUGAGACAUCUAAAAGCCAAUAAAAGUCAACAAGAAAGGGAACCAGAACUGUGUUCCUGGGACAGGCCAGGCAGCCUUCAGUAUCUGAAGGGCCUGUGCCCUUCUAGGAUAUGAUGCUA